CGCAAAGACGCUCCACCAAAGCCAAAGCCUUUCUCGCCGCGCCGAUGAGAACGACCAAGACAGCACUACCCCGCGACGAAAAUCGACGUAGGAACUCGACCCCUUCCUGCGACAUCUAGCGCGGUGCGCGAAUCGUGGGAAGCCACAAGGAAAUUCCCUUGGAGCGGGAAACACGAUUCGGACUGGCGACAACGAACCCCCCUUUCCCCCUCUCUCGCGCCCGCCGCAGCGCAAGCAACAACCGCAGCCAUGGACAACCACAUCAGCUUCGACAUCAACGAGGCGCUCAAGCACUACAUGAGCGACCCGGCUAGCAUACCGACCCCCGAGGCACACAGCACUCUGUUCGACUGCGAAAACGACCCCGAGGCUUUGACCAACGCCGUCAUAAACCCGGUGCUGAACCCCAUUGUUGAUGCCGUGGCCAACAACCCCGAAGCCAUCACUCGCAGCGCACACUUCGACUCGCUGCAGUUCUUGCUCAAGUACACGGCCUUUCUGCCCGCACACUCGCUGAGCAAGAUUUUCGACCUCAUCACCUCGGGUCUGGCUGCCGAGGCCGAUGCUGUCGCAAACGACAUCGAGUCCGACGAGCAGGACCUGGUCGCCCACCACAAGCAGCUGCUCGAGAUCUACAGCUUCCUGCUGCAAUGGACAAUCUCGUGUGUCGAGACCAAGGCGGCCGAGAAGUCGUCAACCGCCCCCGCCGUCCGUCGCGGUGCCAAGCCCAAGGGCAAGAAGGCCACCGCUGCGGCCGCGGACCAGGACGGGAGCUGGGACUCGGCCAUGCAGCUCCAGACCGCCCUUGAUACCAUGUGCAAGGUCCUGCGGCUCAAACUUUCCAAGAUCUUCUUGACCACGCCUGAAAGGGACACAUUUAUCCUUCUGAUAUGCCGCCCUGUCUAUCUGAUUCUGGAGAGUGAGCAGCGGGUCAAGAGCACACCUAUACGAAUGCACGUCUUCAAGGUGCUCUGCAUGGCCAUCAAACACCAUGGCCACGGCUAUGCCGCGCAGACGUCCAUCGUUCAGAAUCUGACCUACUUUGAGCACCUCGCGGAGCCCAUGGCUGAGUUCUUGCACAUCCUAUCCGAGCAGUAUGACUACGACCAGUUAGCCGCUGAGAUUAUGGUUGAGCUGAGCGGGAGGGCCUUUAGCAGCCAGGACACCAAGGGCCCCAAAUCGGUGUCGACCUUCAUCACCAAACUUUCCGAGUUGGCACCGAGGCUCGUCAUCAAGCAAGUGUCGCAGCUGAUCAAGCAGAUGGACAGCGAGUCUUACACCCUGCGCUGCGCUCUCAUUGAAGUCUGCGGCAACAUGGUAACAUAUCUCAGUAAGCUUGACCAGCGUGGAGAGAACCACAAGACGCAGCUGGAUGCCUUCUUCGGGAUCCUACAAGAACGCUUCUUGGAUGUCAACCCCUACUGCCGUUGCAGGACAAUCCAGGUGUACGUAAAGCUGUGCGAUCUCGAGCACAAAUUCUCGAGGCGGCGGCAGAAGGUGGCCGAGCUGGCAGCGCAAAGCCUCCAGGACAAAAGCAGCAACGUGCGGCGCAACGCCAUCAAGCUACUGGGCUGCCUCAUCAAGACGCAUCCCUUCUCUGCCGUGCACGGCGCGCAGUUGAACCGCACCGAGUGGCAGGCCCGACUAGACCGGGUGCAGUCUGAGCUGGAUGCUCUGAGGCCGCCGGUUGAUGCACCCGGGCUUGACGGCGAAAAGGCAGCAAACACGACGGUGGACACCGCGCUACUCGACGACGCGACUCAGCUGGAGUCCCCGAGUAAAGACGCAGGGCCGAAGCCCAUGUCAGACGAGGAGAAGAUCGAGGCGAUCCGCAAGGCACAGCAUGAGGCAGCAACCAGCGAGGCCAUCAACAACCUGACGCUCCAGAAGAAGUACUACACGGAGGCGCUGCGCUUCAUCAAUGUGAUUCACGACGCCACGGGUACUAUCUGUCAGCUGCUGGGAUCCAAGAACAAGAGCGAGGUGAUCGAAGCCAUGGACUUUUUCGAGAUCGGGGACGCCUACAACAUUGAGGAGAACAAGGUCGGCAUCCGGCGGAUGCUGCGGCUGAUCUGGACCAAGGGCAACAGCGAUGAGGGCAAGGGCGUGCAGACGCACCUGAUUGACUGCUACAAGCGCCUGUUCUUCGAAGCGCCCGGCUCCUUUAGCCCCAACGACGCGGCCAACUACAUCGCGCGCAACAUGAUCAGCCUGACCUUUGGCGCAACCCCGGCCGAGCUGACGUCGCUGGAGCAGCUGCUGGCCACCAUGAUGAAGGCCGGCAUGAUCCAUGAUAUUGUCAUCCAUAAGCUGUGGCAGGUCUACGGCGUGCAGAAGCGUGAAAUUUCACGCACACAGCGCCGCGGCGCUAUCAUUGUGCUGGGCAUGCUGGCAACAGCGAGCCCCGAGAUUGUGGUCGGGGAGAUAGAGGCCAUGUUGCGUACAGGGCUGGGCUCGCUCGGCCGCGCCGAUCUGCAGCUGGCAAAGUUCACCUGCGUCGCCCUGCGCCGCAUCAACCCCACGGGCCGCCAAGCAGCCAAAGACUCUGUCGUAAAGUUUUCGCGCCUACCCAACGACCAUGCCGUCCUCGCGCGCCUGGCCGCAAUCACCGAUGCGCCCUCGGACAGCAACGAGGAGUGGUACGGCCUUGCCGAGCAGGCCAUCAACGCCAUCUACGCUAUAUCCAAGCACCCCGACGUCCUCUGCUCCGAGAUCAUUCGCCACAAGACCAAACAGGUCUUCUCCCAGCAGCUGUCGUCCCGCCCAACCUCGUCUCGAAGCAACGCCGAGGCUGCCCCCGCCGGUGACGAGGCCGAAGCAGCCGAUGGCGUAGUCGAGCAGCCUGCCGGUGAUUCGGCUGCGCCGGACGGCUCUGCAUCCAAGCCCAAGCGCGACAACGCCGUUGUUCUCUCGCAGCUGCUCUUCAUCGUGGGGCACGUGGCCAUCAAGCAGAUCGUGCAUCUCGAGGCCUGCGAGCUCGACUUCAAGCGCCGUAAGCAGGAGAAGGAGAAGAGCGCGGCGGCGGCGGCCGAGGCGGAGGAGGCCGAGUCGCGGCGCACCAGCAAGGCCAGCCGGGUCUCGAUGGCGAGCAAGGCGGGCGGCGUCAAGGACAAACAAAAGGCCGACGAGCCGGCCGACGAGCUGGACCUGAUCGGCGGCACGACCGAGGACGACUUCACCGAGGCCAUGGCGCAUAUACGCGAGCGCGAGCUGCUGUACGGGCCCGCGAGCCUGCUGGCGCUCUUCGGCCCCCUGGUCAGCGAGGUGUGCGCCAACAACACGACGUACCGCAACCGCGGGCUGCAGGCGGCGGCGACGCUGUGCCUGGCCAAGCUCAUGUGCGUGUCGGCCGAGUACUGCGAGAGCAACCUGCCACUCCUCAUCACCAUCAUGGAGCGCUCAGGCGACGCGACGGUGCGCAGCAACGCCGUCAUCGCGCUCGGCGACAUGGCCGUGUGCUUCAACCACCUGAUCGACGAGAACACGGACUUCCUGUACCGCCGCCUCGCGGACCCGGAGCCGUCGGUCAAGCGAACCUGUUUGAUGACGCUCACGUUCCUGAUCCUGGCCGGCCAGGUCAAGGUCAAGGGCCAGCUGGGCGAGAUGGCAAAGUGCCUCGAGGACGAGGACAAGCGCAUCGCGGACCUGGCGCGCAUGUUCUUCACGGAACUGUCGACAAAGGACAACGCCGUGUACAACCACUUUGUCGACAUGUUCAGCCUGCUCAGCGCUGAGCGGGCGCUGGACGAGGAGAGCUUCCGGCGCAUCGUCAAGUUCCUGCUCGGCUUUGUGGAGAAGGACAAGCACGCAAAGCAGCUGGCCGAGAAGCUGGCGGCCCGCCUCGCGCGCUGCGACACGGAGCGCCAGUGGAACGACGUCGCGUUCGCGCUCGGCUUGCUGCAGCACAAGAACGAGGAUAUUGCGAAGCUGGUCUCGGAGGGCUUCAAGAUGGUCCAGGCGACCGCCUAGACUCUGUUUUCUCAGCCCAUCUGGCCUCGAUACCCAAUUAGCGUCUAAUGUCUGGUGGCUUUCUGAAGGGAAAGGCGUUGGGUGGCUUGUUCGUCUGGGGCUUCUCACGGGUGGCUUUUCUCUUUUUGUAUAGGUACAUGAGCGGCUGUGUUCCGGUGGUUUGAUUCUGGUGUAUGAGUCCAUAUGCCUGUCUCUUUUCUUUCGGCGUGAUUUUUUGAUGAGAAUAAUGAUGGAUAGAAUGAGAUGUUUCCCUUUU